AUGGUGCCUGCAAGUUUUCAACUCACAGAAGAAAUUAUGUCAGCUUCGUGUCUGACAAAACCCAUCAAUGGCCGUGCUGGACAAAAUAUGACCAAGCGCAACAAGGAGGAGGAUGGGGAUGCCAUUGCCGCAGUGCCUCAAGCCGUGGCGGCGCCGGUUCUUGGGAAGUCCACUUCAAUGGUUUUGUUUGAUGACGCAUCUGCUGACAAACUUGGCACGUGGUUUGACGAUGUAAAUGAAGCCUUAGCGAGGUGUUUUUUUUUUUUGGCUCUGCUGUUGUUUGCCGGGGACGUACUUUUCUCGCGUGGUACGAGCAGAAGUACUUUCCUAUAUUUCGUGGCUGGAGUGUGA